AUUUCAUGAUAACAAGGGCCUUGUUUCAUUGGCCAAAUGCAUGACUCUUCCUUACCAAACCCAAAUUGAAAAAAGAACAAGUCAUAAAAAAGAAGAAACUUACCAACUCAAAUCACCAAUCUUUGCUUAUACCCCAAAGCACCCCAACUGCAACUUCCCUUUUGGCCCCCUCCCUCCUAUCUUUCUUCAAUAUAGAUGACUUGGAUUCCUUGUGAUUCAAGAAAGGUGAUGGGAAUCAUUGAAAUGGAUAUAUUAUAGUAUUCUUGUUAUCAGACUGUUUCAAGCUUUCUCACUCUCACUCCUCUACUCACCUCUUAAUCAUUAUGUCAUUACCCCCCACAACCCAUAUAAGCCUUCUCUCUAAACCAAACCCAGCAAAAUAACAGAAACAACUGUACACCCAUUUAAAAACCCCACCAGAAAGUUCUCGACUUUGGUUGCAGAGCUAUGAUCCCUUCAUCUCCUUCCAAGAUACUAAUUGGGAUCCCACUGGACCCAGAGGAAAGCAAUGAGCUUCUCUCUUGGGCCAUUCGAGUUCUUGCAGGCCCUUGUGACACCAUUGUUGCCAUCCAUGUUGUUGUUGUCUUUUGCAACAGUUGAUGAGGAGCAACCGAAGAAGAAGAAGACUAGUAAGAGGGUGCAGUCCCGUGUUCGACAAGCCAAAGCUCAUGUGAUUUCUGUUCUUGGAGAAUAUGCUUGGUGUUGCCAAUCCAAGCAGAUAAACUUGGAGGCAAAAGUUGGAUUCAAUUCGAGUAUUGAAGCUGGUUUGGUUCAUGAGUCGAACUCCAUUUCUGCUGACUACCUUGUUCUUCCUGGCUUGAGAAGCAGGUCCAACAGGACUUGGCAUGAGGUCAUCAAGUAUUGCUUUGAGCAUGCUGCUGAGGGGUGCUCAGUCAUCUCAAUUGGGAAGUCUCAACAACCAAAUCUCAACUCUGUUCUCCACAAAGAAGUUCAUCAAUCAAGGUCAGAGUGGUUAAGGAAGGCAAAUGAUGACAGCAGCAGCCUUGGCUCCCCAGCCAGUGAAGAUCAUGAUAAGGAGAAUCUCAGUAGGAGACAGAAAGAUUCUCCUAGGACUGUGUUGGAAGAUGAAUCAUCAUCAUCUUCAUCUCACAGCAGUAAUGAAGAUGAGGUUUCCAGCAUCUCAGGUUCAACAGCCACAACAGGAACAGAAGAUUUCCCUUCCAAGUUGAUUCACAGCUCAAAGUCCAGAAGGCAAAUAAUGUCUCCUUAUACGGCCAUCAGCUCAUUCUUGACUUCAUCUUUCGGAAGAAGAAGAACUCAAAGCUUCUCUGGAAAACCAAAGCUAGUACUACAACAUCAACAUCAGCAGCCUUUGCUCAAGUGCUUUACCUACGAGGAAAUCGCACAAGCCACCAACGAUUUCCAUCCAGGGAAUCUAGUAGGAGUAGGAGGGUACUCAGAAGUGUAUAGAGGAGAUCUUCCUGAUGGAACAACCAUUGCAGUGAAAAGGUUAGCUAAGGACAACACAGAUGCUAGAAAGGAGAAAGAGUUCCUCACAGAAUUAGGGAUCAUAGGCCAUAUCUGCCAUCCCAAUACAGCAACUCUAGUUGGCUGCUGCAUUGAAAAUGGGUUCUACCUCAUCUUAAGCUUCUCUCAGAAUGGGAAUUUGGCCUCUGCAUUGCAUGUAAUUUUUUUAGGCAAAACAGAAGAGGUGCUUGAAUGGGAUACAAGGUACAGAAUAGCUCUUGGAGUUGCAAGAGGACUGCAUUACUUACACAAAUGCUGCAAGCAUCGCAUAAUACACCGCGACAUCAAGGCCUCCAACGUUCUCCUUGGACCUGACUAUGAACCUCAGAUCACUGAUUUUGGGCUGGCAAAAUGGCUUCCAAACAAGUGGACACACCAUGCUGUGAUCCCAAUUGAGGGAACAUUUGGUUACUUAGCUCCAGAGUACUUCAUGCAUGGGAUUGUGGAUGAGAAGACAGAUGUCUACUCCUUUGGAGUUCUGCUGCUAGAGAUCAUCUCUGGGAGAAGGCCUGUUGAUUCCUCUAUGCAGAACCUUCUCUUAUGGGCAAAGCCACUGAUGGAAUCUGGGAAUGUAGCUGAACUGGCUGACCCAAAACUGGAGGGCAAGUAUGAAGCAGACCAAAUGUACAGAGUUGUGCUAACAGCUUCAUACUGUGUUAGGCAGUCUGCAGCAUGGCGACCAUCAAUGAGUGAGGUCUUGGAGCUUUUGACCACUGGCCAACAAGAUUCUGAAGUUGCCAAGAGCUGGAGAAUACCAAAGUUUACAUCUGAUGAAUUGGAUGAUUUCUCCAUGGUUUAUGGAUAUGAUGUCCCUCUAGAGAUUGACUUGGAGAAGUAUUUGUGAGCAAAAGUAGAAAAGCAUUCAGCUUUCAGAAAAUUUUUGUAGUUUUCUUCUAACUUAUGCAUACAUACAUUGACCUAGGGACAAACCUCGAUCUAAUCCGCAUCAGACUGAAUCAUAUUAAGUUCACAUUUGGAUCGAGUCCAAUAAGAUGAAGUAUAUUUUUGAAAAUGGUCUAGUACGAUUCAUCAUCGUUGUAGUUCAAUUUGGACCGAAUCGGACCAUGUCUAGCCCUACA